AUGACCCCAGAAAGGACCUAUCAGGGUGAGAAGGGAAGUGUAGGCACAGGCUGUGUUCUCUGUGUGACUCAGCUGACUCCGGUCAAUGGCAGGAAGGGAUUAAACCUGACAAAAUAAUGUUUUUUUCUGUUCAUGGCACUUUACUUGGUUUUAUCUGCAUACCUCUAGAAGCAAUAAACUAAGAUUGAGGAUGCAAAGAACACCAGUCCAUCUACUGUAUACUAUGUUUGACAAUGUUUGGUCAUAUUUAUUAGUAUUUGUUAUCUGUUUAUUAUCAUGACAUUAUGUGUUUCAAAAGUGUGUGUGUGUGUGUGUGUGUGUGUGUUUUCUUUGUCAGCCCACCAGGGCAAAGUGACAGUGGUGCUGUUUGUGUUGGAGAUGGAGUGGGUCCUUAGUACAGGACAGGACAAGAACCUCACCUGGCACUGCUCUGAGAGUGGAACGCCGCUGGGGUUAUACCGCACCACCGCCUGGGUCUCUGGACUACAGUAUCCUUCAUCAGUUAAAAACCACCUAUUCAUUAUAUUCUACUCAUUCUAUUCACAUGAUGUUGCUAUGCCACAGAUACAGUGCCUUCAGAAAGUAUUCACACCCCUUGACUUUUUCCACAUUUUGUUAUGUUACAGCCUGAAUUUAAAAUGGAUUAAAUUGAGAUUUUUUUGUCUGGCCUACACAAUACCCCAUAAUGUAAAAGUGGAAUAAUGUUUUUUGAAAAGUUUUCAAAUUAAUUAAAAAUGAAAAGCUGAAAUGUCUUGAGUCAAUAAGUAUUCAACCCCUUUGUUAUGGCAAAGCCUAAAUAAGUUCAGGAGUAAAAAUGGGCUUAAUAAGUCACAUAAGUUGCAUGGACUCACUGUGUGUGCACUGAUAGUUUUUAACAUGAUUGUUACCUCAUCUCUGUACCCCACACAUACAAUUAUCUGUAAGGUCCCUCAGUCGAGCAGUACAUUUCAAAAACUGAUUCAGCCACAAAGACCAGGGAGGUUUUCCAAUGCCUCGCAAAGAAGGGCACCUAUUGGUAGAUGGGUAAAAAACAAAGAAGCAGACAUUGAAUAUCCCUUUGAGCAUGGUGAAGUUAUUAAUUACACUUUGGAGGGUGUAUCAAUACACCCAGACAAUAAAAAGAAACAGGGAUCAUUCCUAACUCAGUUGACGGAGAGAAAGUAAACUGCUCAGGGAUUUCACCAAGAGGCCAAUGGUGACUUUAAAUCUGUUAGAGUUUAAUGGCAGUGAUAGGAGAAAACUGAUGGAUCAAAUCAAAUCAAAUUUUAUUUGUCACAUACACGUGUUUAGCAGAUGUUAUAGCGGGUGUAGCGAAAUGCUUGUGCUUCUAGCUCCGACAGUGCAGUAAUAUCUAACAAUUUCACAACAUAUACCCAAUACACACAGAAAAGUAAGGAAUGGGAUUUAAGAAUAUAUACAUAUAUGGACAACCAAUGACAGUGGCAUGGACUAAGAUACAGUAGAAUAUUAUAGAAUAGAAUACAGUAUAUACAUAUGAGAUGAGUAGUGCAAGAUAUGUAAACAUUAUUAAAGUGACUAGUGUUCCAUUUCUUAAAGUGACCAGUAAUUUCAGUAGGCAGCAGCAGCCUCUAAUGUGCUAGUGAUGGCUAUUUAACAGUCUGAUGGCCUUGAGAUAGAAGCUGUUUUUCAUUCUCUCUGUCCCAGCUUUGAUGCAGCUGUACUGACCUCGCCUUCUGGAUGAUAGCGGGGUGAACAGGCAGUGGCUGGGUGGUUGAUGUCCUUGAUGAUCUUUUUGGCCUUCCUGUGACAUCGGGUGCUGUAUGUGUCUUGGAGGGCGGGUAGUUUGCCCCCGGUAAUGCGUUCCGCAGACCGCACCACCUUCUGGAGAGCCCUGCGGUUGUGGGCGGUGCAGUUGCUGUACCAGGCGGUGAUACAGCCCGAUAGGAUGCUCUCAAUUGUGCAUCUGUAAAAGUUUGUGAGGGUUUUAGGUGAUAAGCCACAUUUCUUCAGCCUCCUGAGGUUGAAGAGGCUCUGUUGCGCCUUCACCACACUGUCUGCGUGGUGGACCAUUUCAGUUUGUCGGUGAUGUUGUACGCCAAGGAACUUGAAGCUUUCCACCUUCUCCACUGCGGUCCCGUCAAUGUGGAUAGGGGGGUGCACCCUCUGCUGUUUGCUGAAGUCCACGCUCGUCUCCUUUUGUUUUGUUGAUGUUGAGUGAGAGGUUAUUUUCCUGGCACCACACUCCCAGAGCCCUCACCUCCUCCCUGUAGGCGGUCUCGUCAUUGUUGGUAAUCAAGCCUACUACUGUUGUGUCGUUUGCAAACUUGAUGAUUGAGUUGGAGGCAUGCUUGGCCACGCAGUCAUGGGUGAACAGGGAGUACAGGAGGUGGCCGAGCACGCACCCUUGUGGGGCCACAGUGUUGAGGAUCAGCGAAGUGGAGAUGUUGUUUACUACCUUCACCACCUGGGGGUGGCCCGUCAGGAAGUCCAGGACCCAGUUGCACAGGGCGGGGUUCAGACCCAGGGCCUUGAGCUUAAUGAUGAGCUUGGAGGGUACUAUGGUGUUGAAUGCUGAGCUAUAGUCAAUGAACAGCAUUCUUACAUAGGUAUUCCUCUUGUCCAGAUGGGAUAGGGCAGUGGGCAGUGUGAUGGCAAUUGCAUCGUCUGUGGAUCUAUUGAGGCGGUAAGCAAAUUGAAGUGGGUCUAGGGUGACAGGUAAGGUAGAGGUGAUAUGAUCCUUGACUAGUCUCUCAAAGCACUUCAUGAUUACAGAGGUGAGUGCUACGAUAGUCAUUUAGUUAAGUUACCUUUGCUUUCUUGGGUACAGGAACAAUGGUGGCCCUCUUGAGGUAUGUGGGAACAGUAGACUGGGAAAGGGAGAGAUUGAAUAUGUUCAUGAACACACCAGCCAGCUGGUCCGCGCAUGCUCUGAGGACUCGGCUAGGGAUGCCGUCUGGGCCGUCAGCCUUGCGGGGGUUAACAUGCCUAAAUGUCUUAAUCACGUCGGCCAUGGAGAAGGAAAGGCCACAGUCCUUGGUAGUGGGCCUUGUCAAUGGCACUGUGUUAUCCUCAAAGCAGGCGAAGAAGGUGUUUAGCUUGUCUGGAAGCGAGACGUCGGUGUCGGCAACGUGGCUGGUUUUCCUUUUGUAGUCCGUGAUUGUCUGCCACAUACGUCUCGUGUCUGAGCUGUUGAAUUGCGACUCCACUUUGUCUCUAUACUGAUGUUUUGCCAGUUGAAUUGCCUUGCGGAGUGAGUAGCUACUCUGUUUGUAUUCUGCCAUAUUCCCAGUCACCUUGCCAUGGUUGAAUGCGGUGGUUCGCGCUUUCAGAUUUGCGCGAAUGCUGCCGUCUAUCCACGGUUUCUGGUUAGGGUAGGUUUUAAUAGUCACAGUGCGCACAACAUCACCUAUACACUUCCUGAUAAACUCAGUCACUGUUUCAGUGUAUAUGUCUAAAUUAUUUUCGGAAGCUACCUGGAACAUAUCCCAGUCCGCGUGAUCAAAACAAUCUUGAAGCGUGGAUUCGGAUUGGUCAGACCAGCGUUGAAUAGUCCUUAGCCCGGGUACUUUCUGUUUGAGUUUCUGCCUAUAGGAAGGGAGAAGCAAAAUGGAGUCGUGGUCAGAUUUGUCGAAAGGAGGGCGGGGGAGAGCCUUAUAACCAUCCUGGAAGUUUGAAUAGCAAUGGUCGAGGAUUUUAGCAGCGCGAGUACAACAGUCGAUAUGUUGAUAGAACUUCGGCAGCCUAGUCCUCAAAUUUGCUUUGUUAAAAUCCCUGGCUACAAUAAAUGCAGCCUCAAGAUAUGUGGUUUCCAGUUUGCAUAAGGUCCAGUGAAGUUCUUUGAGGGCCGUCGUGGUAUCGGCUUGAGGGGGGAUAUACACGGCCGUGACUAUAACCCAAUAAAAUUAUCUUGGGAGAUAAUACGGUUGGCAUUUGAUUGUGAGGUAUUCUAGGUCGGGUGAACAGAAGGACUCGAGUUCCUCUAUGUUACUACAAUUACACCACGAGUCGUUAAUCAUGAAACACACACCUCCGCCCUUCUGCUUCCCGGAGAGAUAUUUAUUCCUGUCUGCGUGAUGAACUGAGAACCCAUCUGGCUGGACCGAUUCUGACAGAAUAUCCCAAGAGAGCCAUGUUUCCGUGAAACAGAGUAUGUUACAGGCCUUGAUGUCUCUCUGGAAAGAAAUCCUUGCCCAUAGUUCGUCGACCUUGUUAUCCAAAGACUGAACAUUAGCGAUUAGUAUACUUGGAAGCGGUGGGUGGUGUGCGCGCCUCCUAAGUCGAACCAGCAGGCCGCUCCGAGUGCCUCUCCUCCGCCAGUGAUGUUUUGGGUCAGCCGCUGGAAUCAUUUCAGUUGCCCUGGGGUGAGCAAACAAAGGAUCUGCUUCGGGAAAGUCGUAUUCCUGGUCGUAAUGCUGGUGAGUUACCGCCGCUCUGAUAACCAAUAGUUUUUCCCGGCUGUAUGUAAUGACGCAAAACACUUUCUGAGCUAAUAAUGUAAAAAAUUAUACAUAAAAAAACAAAAUACUGCAAAGUUUCCUAAGAGCUAGUCGCGAGGCCGCCAUCUUCGUCGGUGCCAGGAGGUUACUCUACAAUACUAACCAAAUUGACUGAGUGAAAAGAAGGAAGCCUGUACAGAAUAAAAAUGCAUCCUGUUUGCAACAAAUGGUCUAGGUCCAAAAGGCUUCUUCACAGCUUCUACCCUCAAGCGAUAAGACUCCUGAACAGCUAAUCAUGGCUACUCUGACUAUUUGCAUUGCCCCCCCCCCCCCCCCCCCACUCCACCCCAACCCCCUCUUUUACACUGCUGCUACUCUGUUUAUUAUUUAUGCAUAGUCACUUUAACUCUACCCACAUGUACAUAUUACCUCGACUAACCGGUGCCCCCACACAUUGACUCUGUACCGGUACCCAUAGCCUUACUACUGUUAUUUUAUUUUACAGCUGCUCUUUAAUUAUUUGCUCUUUUUAAUUUUUUUACUUAACACGUAUUUUUCAAAAAAACGACAUUGUUGGUUAAGGGCUUGUAAGUAAGCAUUUCACUGUAAGGUGAAUGUUGUUUUCGGCGCAUGUGGCAAAUAAAAUUAGAUUUUUUUUAUUUGAACAAGGCACUGAAGUAAUUUUGCAAAAAAUGUGGCAAAGCAAUUAGCUUUUUGUCCUGAAUGCGGCAAAUCUUAUACAACACAUUCCUGCGUACCACUCUCCAUAUUUUAAAGCAUAGUGAUGACUGCAUCAUGUUAUGGGUAUGCUUGUAAUUGUUAAGGGCUGGGGAGUUUUUCAUGAUAAAAAUAAACUGAAUGGAGCUAAGCACAUGCAAAAUCCUAGAGGUAAACCUGGUUUAGUCUGCUUUCCACCAGACAUUGGGAGAUUCAUUCACCUUUAAGCAGGACAAUAACCUAAAACACAAGGCCAAAUCUACACUGGAGUUGCUUACAAAGAAGACAGUGAAUGUUCCUGAGUGGCCGAGUUACAGUUUUGACAUAAAUCUGCUUGAAAAUCUAUGGCAAGACUUGAAAAUGAUUGUUUAGGAAUGAUCAACACCCAAUUUGACAGAGCUUGAAGAAUUUGGAAAAUAAUAGACAAAUAUCGUACAAUCCAGCUGUGCAAAGCUCUUGGAGACUUACGCAGAAAGACUCACAGCUGUAAACGUUGCCAAAUGUAUUGACUCAGGGGUGUGAAUACUUAUGUGAAUGAGAUAUUUCAUUAUUUCAUUUUCAAUAAAUUUGCUAAACGGUCUAAACAUGUUUUCACUUUAUUUAUUUAUUUAUUUUACCCUUAUUUGACCUGGUAAGUUGACAACGACCUGACAACGACCUGGGGAAUAGUUUACAUGGGAGAGGAGGGGGAUGAAUGAGCCAAUUGGAACUUAUGGGGUAUUGUGUGUAGAUGGGUGAGGGGAAACAUUUAUUUAAUCAAUUUUGAAUUCAGGCUAUAACACAACAAAGUGGAAUAAGUCAAGGGGUAUGAAUACUUUCUGAAGGCACUUUAUCUUAACAGAUACCUGAGUGUGUCUGUGGCUUUACAUUUCAAUCUUUCAAGUGAUAAUGGCUUUUGACUGCGUCUCCUUCACCUCAAACAAGUGUAUGUUUUUAUAACAACAACGCACUGUGGCGUAUACCAGAGGGGGAGCCAGAUUAGCGUCCCAGUAGUUUUUCUUAUUGGGGGACACUAACAAUAGCCUUCAGUCAUGUGGUCACCAAGGCAACGUUCCGGAUAGAUUUCCGUAAUGGCUAGAUGAAAGGUUUGGGUCCACUCCACUGUGGGGGGCACUCAAUACCAACCAGCUCUGUCAGGUCAUAAGACUGACUGCUGCUUCAAAGCCAUGGAUAAACACUACCCAUUUUAAAUACAACAAAGCAAAAUAAUGGCAGAUUUCAGCUGACAUCAUUCACAUGGCAGCCAUUUUGUUUUGGCUUUGUUUGCCUUAUUACAAACCCAAAGGAGUCACUGUCCAAAAUUGUUGAAAUUAAAGAAAUCGACCUGGAACGUGUAUUUUAUUUAGUAUGUCAUCCAGCUAAUUCUCCAUAAUAACCACAGUCCCGAGUUGGCCUGGGGUCAGAUUAGUACAGCAACCCUUUUCAGAAGAAGGAGAAAUUAGAUUAUGCUCUGUGAAGAUUAGUCUUUUUUUCUCUCUGACUGUUAUCGUUCUGGCCUCUCGUAUCCAGGUCACAGGGAGAACUGUGUGUGCCUGGCUGCACCCUCAGAAGGUCACUGAAAGGACUUUCUUGAGCUCAGAGACUAAAUACAUAUGAUUUUGUAGCUAAUGAACAGUUGACUGUUGUGGUACGUUCACUCAAAUGGAAUCUUAGAUGUUUUUGUUGGAAAUGUAGUCAGCCCUUCUCUGACUAGAAUGAACCACAUACAGAUCAGAUACAGUAGGUUUCAACCAGGUAACACUGUGAGAAUGUAAUAAAUAUGUGUGAAGUUGCUCAGCUGCAAGUGGUUCAGUUAAAGCAGUUAAACAAUAACGAAUUUUCCCACCCUUGUUUCGGGAAAAAGCUGAGGGAUGGGGCUGGAAAAAUGUAACUACUCUCAAAUUCAUAGACAGAGCUAUGGAUGCAAGGACUGACCAUUCAUGAUAUCACAAUGAUAGUUUUAACCAUGUUUUGAGGCUAUACAUUUACUUUAUUUACAAACAUUUGAGUCAAACAAGCUCAUAUUUUGAGUUCUGAUGCGGUACAACAGUUGAACUAAGCUCAUGAGGCAUUUAUAAGUUAUAUUCUUCAAGAAUCAAUGGGUACAUAUUAUUAAUUUACAAGUCCAAAAAUGAAUGUAGCAACUGCAGAUUGCCUUUUUAAACGGUCAUUGCCACUGUCAUGUUUUUGCUGGAGACCUUCCUUGACCGUGCCCCUCCCAGGUUCGAUGUGGAGACGAGGCACGCCUUUGUGGGCGACUACUCUGGUCAGGUGACCAUCCUGAAGCUGGAGCAGGACAGCUGUAGUCUGGUCACCACCUUCAAAGGACACACCGGUACUACUACUACACCCCACGUUGCAAGACAACACUCGUCCCCUACUAUCCCAUCCUCCACCAGCCUUAAAACACCAGCUGGGGGGGUUUGCCCUUUUGGGACUACUCCAUUGGUUCCAUUACGCAGAGGAAGCUAAAUAAAGUGCUCCUAAAUAUUUGAAAGAAAACACAAAUACUAUUUUAGACCCAUGUCUGGAAAAAUCAUGUAGAUUUUCUAAAUAGGUAUAUUGCCCACUGACCGUCCCUUCCGGCCACUCGGUCACCUGCCAGCAGUGACAGAGCUAAUGAGCAGUGUGGGAUAUACACCCCGGAGGACAACCCUCACAGCUAUGUUCUGAUCUGGGGUCAGUUGUUGUAGCAUAGUCAAAUCCCCUACUUCCUAUAUUGACAAAAGAGCGUGUGACUGACAACUGCUGACAGCACCACUAUUUCAGGCCUGUCUCUUAUCAGUAGAGUUACACAUUAGGUUUGAAUAUUUUCCCGGUAUUUUACAAAUGUUCCAUCCCUAGAAUAAAUCACUUUUCUCCUGGGUAACCUGGUAUUUCCCACCAAAACCGGAAGUGUCAUUCAAAAGCAUUAUAAAGCAUAUAAAUAUGUCUGGAUUUUAUUAGAGCUUUGAUCAGCAUGAAAAUUCAAACCUAAUGCUACCUGAGCCUGAUGAACCAUAUAUGAAAUACAUUUUAUGAGCCCAAGCUCAAAAAAGACCAAAUGAUUGUGCCGUUAUCCAAUACAUAUAUGAUAUAGGCGACUGCACAUUACGCAUGACAGAAAAACAUAAAAGCCCAUAGAUGUAGCAAGCUACAUGCUCUCUUGGGUAAAUAAAUGAAACUAGCUCCAGUAGGCUAAUCUUUUUAAGUGUGAACUGUAUUACUGUAUUGUAUUAUACUGUAUUGUAUGGACUGGAAUUACGCACAUCAUUCAAACCAUGAUAAAGCAGAAGAGAACAUGUGAUUCUGGUGCAGCACAUGCGGACUACAAAGUUACAAGUAUAGGCUAGCGAAUUUUGAUUUUAAUUUUCAAAUAUGAUAAGGCCUAUUUGUAUAAUUAGCAGGCUGACUCAAUAAUACCUUUCAUAAUAUUUCCCCUAAUGUUAUUAGCCUACCUCCUCUUUCUCUCUCUGUUGUUUCAUUCCUUCCUCGCUUUCAACAGUUAAAGGAAAUAUGUUUCGUUGUCCUUAUCUUCAUCAUUCUAAUGGCGGCCUUGAAUAAUAUUGGAUUAUUAUAAGAUGCAGAAGGCUUUCACUUCUCUUCACGAAGAUUGAAUGGUUAUGGGUCUGAAUAAAUAACUGCUAUAGCCUAUUGGCUGCUGUAUGUAAAAUUCUGCAAAAAAGAGCUUGCGUCUCUCUUCUAAUAGUAUAUUGGUAUAAGAAAUGCUAAAAACAAUUAUGUCCAGCAAGCUAUUCUAGUCUAGCUGUUCCUGCAUUGGACACCAAGAGCUAAGGAGUGUUUUUUAAGGAGAGGCCAGCAGAGCACAGGUGGUUGCGUAUUGCGCAAGAGACAUAAGUAUAAGUUAGAAGCAGCUAUAAGUUAGAAGCAUAUAAUACAUCAUUAAUUAGCUCAAUAUAAGGCUAAUACUGCAUUGAAUUUAUUUCCUGAAAGAGGUAGGCUAGGAUAUAUACAAUGCAUUCGGAAAGUAUUCAGACCCCUUGACUUUUUCCACUUUUUGUUGUGUUACAGCCUUAUUCUAGAAUUGAUUAAAUUGUGUUUUUUCCACUCAUCAAUCUACACACAAUACCUCAUAAUGACAAAGCAAAAAACAGGUUUUUAGGAUUUUUUGCAAAUGUAAAUAGAGUACCAGUCAAAUGUUUGGACACACCUACUCAAUCAAGGGUUUUUCUUUAUUUUUAAUAUUUUUUACAUUGUAGAAUAAUAGUGAAGACAUCAAAACUAUGAAAUAACACAUAUGGAAUCAUGUAGUAACCAAAAAAGUGUUAAACAAAUCAAAAUAUAUUUUCUAUUUGAGAUUCUUCAAAUAGACACCUUUUGCCAACCAGCUUCAUGAGGUAGUCACCUGGAAUGCAUUUCAAUUAACAAGUGUGCCUUCUUAAAAGUUAAUUUGUGGAAUUUCUUUCCUUCUUAAUGCGUUCAGUUGUGUUGUGACAAGGUAGAAGAUAGCCCUAUCUGGUAAAAGACCAAGUCCAUAUUACGGCAAGAACAGCUCAAAUAAGCAAAGAGAAACAACAGUCCAUCAUUACUUUAAGACAUGAAGGUCAGUCAAUACAGACAAUUUCAGUAACUUUGAAAGUUUCUUCAAGUGCAGUCGUAAAAACCAUCAAGCGCUAUGAUGAAACUGGCUCUCAUGAGGACCGCCACAGGAAUGGAACACAAAGAGUUACCUCUGCUGCAGAGGAUAAGUUCAUUAGCGUUACCAGCCUCAGAAAUUGCAGCCCAAAUAAGUUAAGUCACAGACACAUCUCAACAUCAACUGUUCAGAGGGGAAUGUGUGAAUCAGGCCUUCAUGGUCGAAUUGCUUCCUCAUCAUUAAGCUCGAGGCCCUGGGUCUGAACCCCGCCCUGUGCAACUGGGUCCUGGAUUUCCUGACGGGCCGACCCCAGGUGGUGAAGGUAGGAAACAACAUCUCCACUUCGCUGAUCCUCAACACUGGGGCCCCACAAGGGUGCGUGCUCAGCCCCCUCCUGUACUCCCUGUUCACUCAUGACUGCGUGGCCAAGCAUGCCUCCAACUCAAUCAUCAAGUUUGCAUACGACACAACAGUAGUAGGCUUGAUUACCAACAAUGAUGAGACAGCCUACAGGGAGGAGGUGAGGGCUCUGGGAGUGUGGUGUCAAGGAAAAUAACCUCUCACUCAACGUCAACAAAACAAAGGAGAUGAUCGUGGACUUCACUAUCCACAUCGAUGGGACCGCAGUGGAGAAGGUAGAAAGCUUCAAGUUCCUUGGCGUACACAUCAAUGACAAACUGAAAUGGUCCACCCACGCAGACAGUGUGGUGAAGAAGGCGCAACAGAGCCUCUUCAACCUCAGGAGGCUGAAGAAAUGUGGCUUAUCACCUAAAACUCUCACAAACGUUUACAGAUGCACAAUUGAGAGCAUCCUGUCGGGCUGUAUCACCGCCUGGUACGGCAACUGCACUGCCCGCAACCGCAGGGCUCUCCAGAGGUUGGUGCGGUCUGCCGAACGCAUUACCAGGGGGCAAACUACCCGCCCUCCAGGACACCUACAGCACCCGAUGUCACAGGAAGGCCAAAAAGAUAAUCAAGGACAUCAACCACCCGAGCCACUGCCUGUUCACCCCGCUAUCAUCCAGAAGGCGAGGUCAGUACAGCUGCAUCAAAGCUGGGACAGAGAGAAUGAAAAACAGCUUCUAUCUCAAGGCCAUCAGACUGUUCAAUAGCCAUCACUAGCACAUUAGAGGCUGCUGCUGCCUAUUGAAAUCACUGGCCACUUUAAGAAAUGGAACACUAGUCACUUUAAUAAUGUUUACAUAUCUUGCAGUACUCAUCUCAUAUGUAUAUACUGUAUUCUAUAAUAUUCUACUGUAUCUUAGUCCAUUCCGCUCUGUCAUUGCUUGUCCAUAUAUGUAUAUAUUCUUAAACUCCAUUCCUUACUUAGAUUUGUGUGUAUUGAGUAUAUGUUGUGAAAUUGUUAGAUAUUACUUGUUAGAUUUUACUGUGCUGUCGGAGCUAGAAGCACAAGCAUUUCGCUACACCUGCUAUAACAUCUGCUAAACACGUGUAUGUGACAAAUUUGAUUUGAUUUGAAACCACUACUAAAGGACACCAAUAAGAAGAAGAGACCUACUUGAGCCAAGAAACACGAGCAAUGGACAUUAGACCGGUGGAGUCGGACGGCAGAGUGAAGGAAAAGCAGCCAACAAGUGCUAAGCAUAUGUGGGAACUCCUUCAAAACUGUUGGAAAAGCAUUCCAGGUGAAGCUGGUUGAGAGAAUGCCAAGAGUGUGGAAAGCUGUCAUUAAGGCAAAGGGUGGCUAUUUGAAGAAUCUCAAAUAUAAAAUAUAUUUUGAUUUGUUUAACACCUUUUUGGUUACUACAUGAUUCCAUAUGUGUUAUUUCAUAGUUUUGAUGUCUUCACUAUUAUUCUACAAUGUAGAAAAUAGUAAAAAUAAAGAAAAACCCUUGAAUGAGUAGGUGUGUCCAAACCUUUGACUUGUACUGUAUAUUUAAAAAAAACAUAUCACAUUUACAUAAGUAUUCAGACCCUUUACUCAGUACUUUGUUGAAGCACCUUUGGCAGCGAUUACAUCCUCGAGUCUUCUUGGGUAUGACACUACAAGCUUGGCACACCUGUAUUUGGGGCGUUUUUCCCCAUUCUUCUCUGCAGAUCCUCUCAAGCUCUGUCAGGUUGGAUGGGGAGCAUCGCUGCACAGUUAUUUUCAGGUCUCUCCAGAGAUGUUCAAUAUGGUUCAAGUCUGGGCUCUGGCUGGGCCACUCAAGGACAUUGAGAUUUGUCCCGAAUCAAUUCCUGCGUUGUCUUGGCUGUGUGCUUAGGGUCGUUGUCCUGUUGGAAGGUGAACCUUCGCCCCCUCAGAGGUCCUGAGCACUCUGGAGCACGUUUUCAUCAAGGAUCAUUCUGUACUUUGCUCCGUUCAUCUUUCCCUCGAUCCUGACUAGUCUCCCAGUCCCUGCCGCUGAAAAACAUCCCCACUGCGUGAUGCUGCCACCAUCAUGCUUCAUCGUAGGGAUGGUGCCAGGUUUCCUCCAGACGUGACGCUUGGCAUUCAGGCCAAAGAGUUCAAUCUUGGUUUCGUCAGACCAGAGAAUCUUGUUUCUCAUGGUCAGAGUCCUUUAGGUGCUUUUUGGCAAACUCCAAGCGGGUUGUCAUGUGCCUUUUUUCUGAGGAGUGGCUUCCGUCCGGCCACUCUACCAUAAAGGCCUGAUUGGUGAAGUGCUGCAGAGUUGGUUGUCCUUCUGGAAGGUUCUCCCAUCUCCACAGAGGAACUCUGGAGCUCUGUCCGAGUGACCAUCAGGUUCUUGGUCAGCUCCCUGAUCAAGGCCUUUCUCCCCCAAUUGCUCAGUUUGGCCGGGCAGCCAGCUUUAGGAAGAGUUUUGGUGCUUCCUAUCUUCUUCCAUUUAAGAAUGAUGGAGGCCACUGUGUUCUUGGGGACCUUCAAUGCUGCAGAAAUGUUUUGGUACCCUCCCCAGAUCUGUGCCUCGUCGCAAUCCUGUAUCGGAGCUCUACAGACAAUUCCUUCAUUUUUACUUUGUCAUUAUGGGGUAUUGUAUGUAGAUUGAUGAGGAAAAAAAUUGAAUUUUAUCCAUUUUAGAAUAAGGUUGUAACUUAACAAAAUGUGGAAAAAGUCAAGGGGUCUGUUUACUUUCCGAAUGCACUGUAUAGGGCAAUACUUUAUAUCAAUCUAGAACAGGAUUAUCUAUUUUGGAUGGAAUUUGAAUGGAGUUGAGGGAGAGACUGCGAGAGAGUGCUCGCGUGUGCACUGAUUUAAAGCAACGAUAUUUGAGUGAUAGGCUGUUUUAAAACUCUGCAGCUGCAUAAAAAAAUUAUAUAAUCUUUACAAUUAACAAACAAGGUGACCCCCGAAAGCGAGAUGGAGAUGUGUAAAUUAGAUUACUUUAUAUUACUGUAGCAUAGGCUAUGCUGCAGCAAAUGUAGGCCUACCUGUCACAAGAAAAAAAGUUACCAUGAUGAGAUGAUGGGUCUACAUGCAUUGUGAACUGUGUUCCAUACUGAGAUGGGCUGUCUGUCCCCACCCUGAGCGUUGAUGAUUCAUCUUGCAGAGGCCGUAGAGAAGCCAGAUUUAGAUAUUGCAUAUAAUUUAACAGUUCCAUUUCACGCCAUGCUGUUCAUAUAAAUAAUGUAUUAUAAUUUACCGGUUUCUCUCAGUUAUUUAUCCCGGGAAAAGGGAGUGGUUUUGGGCAGUAAAUCUCGGUAACCGGUUCCUGCCAUUCAGUCCUAUUACACGUUUGCCAUUAUGCAAAUAUCUGCCUGUUAAACACACCUGAGCAUAAGUAUUUCCCUCUGAAUUAAACACGAGGGUGCUCAAGCAUGGCUUGAGAGAUUAAUGGUGGUCUAUGAAAAUAUAAACACUUAUCCAUUUACUCCCCCUACUCUGUUUGUGUUUACAUGAGAGUAAACCCCCAGUGGCCUAAAGAGGCAUUUCACUUAUUUUUUUCAACAUUCACUCAAUGUGUCGUUGUAUUUAUGUUUUCAGUUGUCCUGCUUACUGAAUGUGUGUACAGUUGAAGUCGGAAGUUUACAUACACUUAGGUUGGAGUCAUUAAAACUCUUUUUUCAACCACUCCACAAAUUUCUUGUUAACAAACUAUAGUUUUGGUAAGUCGGAUAGGACAUCUACUUUGAGCAUGACACAAGUAAUUUUUCCAACAAUUGUUAACAGACAGAUUAUUUUACUUAUAAUUCACUGUAUCACAAUUCCAGUGGGUCAGAAGUUUACAUACACUAAGUUGACUGUGCCUUUAAACAGCUUGGAAAAUUCCAGUAAAUGAUGUCAUGGCUUUAGAAGCUUCUGAUAGGCUGACAUCAUUUGAGUCAAUUGGAGGUGUACCUGUGGAUGUAUUUCAAGGCCUACCUUCAAACUCAGUGCCUCUUUGCUUGACAUCAUGGGAAAAUCAAAAGAAAUCAGCCAAGACCCCAGAAAAAAAAUUGUAGACCUCCACAAGUCUGGUUCAUCCUUGGGAGCAAUUUCCUGAACGCCUGAAGGUACCACGUUCAUCUGUACAAACAAUAGUAUGCAAGUAUAAACCCCAUGGGACCACGUAGCUGUCAUACCGCUCAGGAAGGAGACGCGUUCUGUCUCCUAGAGAUUCAUGUACUUUGGUGCGAAAAGUGCAAAUCAAUCCCAGAACAACAGCAAAGGACCUUGUGAAGAUGCUGGAGGAAACAGGUACAAAAGUAUCUAUAUCCACAGUAGAACGAGUCCUAUAUCGACAUAACCUGAAAGGCCGCUCAGCAAGGAAGAAGCCACUGCUCCAAACCUGCCAUAAAAUAGCCAGACUACGGUUUGCAAGUGCACAUGUGGACAAAGAUCUUACUUUUUGGAGAAAUGUCCUCUGGUCUGAUGAAACAAAAAUAUAACUGUUUGGCCAUAAUGACCAUCGUUAUGUUUGGAGGAAAAAUGGGGCAGCUUGCAAGCCGAAGAACACCAUCCCAACCGUGAAGAAGGGGGGUGGCAGCAUCAUGCUGUGGGGGUGCUUUGCUGCAGGAGGGACUGGUGCACUUCACAAAAUAGAUGGCAUCAUGAGGAAGGAAAAUUAUGUGGAUAUAUUGAAGUAACAUCUCAAGACAUCAGUCAGAAAGUUAAAGCUUGUUUGCAAAUGGGUCUUCCAAAUGGACAAUGACCCCAAGCAUACUUCCAAAGUUGUGGCAAAAUGGCUUAAGGACAACAAAGUCAAGGUAUUGGAGUGGCCAUCACAAAGCCCUGACCUCAAUCCUAUAGAAAAUUUGUGGGCAGAACUGAAAAAGCGUGUGCGAGCAAGGAGGCCUACAAACCUGACUCAGUUACACCAGCUCUGUCAGGAGGAAUGGGCCAAAAUUCACCCAACUUAUUGUGGGAAGCUUGUGGAAGGCUACCCGAAACGUUUGACCAAGUUAAACAAUGUAAAGACAAUGCUACCAAAUACUAAUUGAGUGUAUAGAAACUUCUGACCCACUGGGCAUGUGAUGAAAUAAAUAAAAGCUGAAAUAAAUCAUUCUCUCUACUAUUAUUCUGACAUUUCACAUUCUUAAAAUAAAGUGGUGAUCCUAACUGACCUAAAACAGGGAAUUUCUACUGGGAUUAUAUGUCAGGAAUUGUGAAAAACUGAGUUUAAAUGUAUUUGGCUAAGGUGUAUGUAAACUUCCGUCUUCAACUGUAUGUCAUUGGUUUUGUGUUGCGUGUUAUGUUUCGAAGGUCAAUCCUUGUGUCUUACUCUCUAGCUGCUGCCUGAUCAAACUGUCUGUUAGAUUAAUGGGCUCCCUGGUAUUCCAUAUUCUCAGCAACAUUUAAAUUGAUGAGACAUAAGUAUAAUACUGUAUUAAUAUCACAUAUAUAUUUGAAUGCCAACCUACACUCUGGGAUUAAACUCUAACUGCAUCCUCUUGGAACGUGAUAGGAAUAAAUUCACCCCCCAAAAACGGUUGAGAAUCCUCUCCCCUCUCAGGCAGCUCAAGUCAGAUAUAUGUUUAUUACAAGAAACAUCUAACUGACCUUGAACAUGAAAAAUUAUUUCUGGGAAACUGCUGAAAUGGUAAAGUUGUAAAAUUAUCUCAUUCUGCUCAGCAAAGGCAUCCAUUCAAACCGAUGAUAUUCCUAAGCGACUAUUACAGGCCAGACUCAAACUUCAUUAACUUAUUUCGGCAGAAACAGAGGCUUUAGUUAUAAGAACGCAACAAAAUAGCCAUGAACUCUGGGAUAAGUCCGACAGGUUCUUGGCUAAUAUGCUUAAACAUAACAAGGAAAGGUCGGUAAUCCACUCUAUUAAAAACAUUGAAGGUAAUUUAGCAACCGAUCAAGAAAAUAUUAAUUCCACCUUCAAAGUCUUUUAUUCCAAACUACACUGAGUAUACCAAACAUUAGGAACACCUUCCUAAUAUUGAGUUUCGAGAAUGACACAAAUGACACAAUUUGCCUGGAAAAUGAACUUAAUCCCCAAAAAACAUUUCCACUGCAUUUCAGCCCUGCCACAAAAGGACCAGCUGACAUGUCAGUGAUUCUCUCGUUAGCACAGGUGAGAGUGUUGACGAAGACAAGGCUGGAGAUCACUCUGUCAUGCUGAUUAAGUUAGAAUAACAGACUGGAAGCUUUAAAAGGAGUGUGGUGCUUGAAAUCAUUGUUCUUCCUCUGUUAACCAUGGUUACCUGCAAGGAAACACGUGCCGUCAUCAUUGCUUUGCACAAAAAGGGCUUCAUAGGCAAGGAUAUUGCUGCAAGUAUGAUUGCACCUAAAUCAACCAUUUAUCGGAUCAUCAAGAACUUCAAGGAGAGAGGUUCAAUUGUUGUGAAGGAGGCUUCAGGGUGCCCAAGAAAGUCCAGCAAGCGCCAGGACCGUCUCCUAAAGUUGAUUCAGCUGUGAGAUUGGGGCACCACCAGUGCAGAGCUUGCUCAGGAAUGGCAGCAGGCAGGUGUGAGUGCAUCUGCACGCACAGUGAGGCGAAGACUUUUGGAGGAUGGUCUGGUGUCAAGAAGGGCAGCAAAGAAGCCACUUCUCUCCAGGAAAAACAUCAGGGACAGACUGAUAUUCUGCAAAAGGUACAGGGAUUGGACUGCUGAGGACUGGGGUAAAGUCAUUUUCUCGGAUGAAUCCCCUUUCCGAUUGUAUGGGGCAUCCGGAAAACACCUUGUACGGAGAAGACAAGGUGAGCGCUACCAUCAGUCCUGUGUCAUGCCAACAGUAAAGCAUCCUGAGACAAUUCAUGUGUGGGGUUGCUUCUCAGCCAAGGGAGUGGGCUCACUCACAAGUUUGCCUAAGAAGCCAUGAAUAAAGAAUGGUACCAACACAUCCUCCGAGAGCAACUUCUCCCAACCAUUCAAGAACAGUUUGGUGACGACCAAUGCCUUUUCCAGCAUGAUGGAGCAUUUGCCAUAAGGCAAAAGUGGCUCUCGGAACAAAACCUCGAAAUGUUGGGUCCAUGGCCAGGAAACUCCCCAGACCUUAAUCCCAUUGAGAACUUGAGGUCAAUCCUCAAGAGGCGGGUGGAGAAACAAAAACACACAAAUUCUGACAAACUCCAAGCAUUGAUUAUGCAAGAAUGGGCUGCCAUCAGUCAGGAUGUGGCCCAGAAGUUAAUUGACAGCAUGCCAGGGCAGAUUGCAGAGGUAUUGAAAAAGAAGGGUCAACACUGCAAAUAUUGACUCUUUGCAUAAACUUAAUGUAAUUGUCAAUAAAAGCCUUUGACACUUAUGGAAUCCUUGUAAUUAUACUUCAGUUUACCAUAGUAACAUCUGACAAAAAUAUCUCAUAGCACUGAAGCAGCAAACUUUGUGAAGACCAAUACUUGUCAUUCUCAAAACUUUUGACCACGACUGUAUGCCAGAAAGAGACGUGGAUCCCCUCGAAAUUAAACGUUUCUUUGAUAAUCUCCAACUUCCAGCAAAAUCCUCCCCAGACUGUAACUCCUUAGAGACUGCUAACUACCAACAAAUUUCACUCCGCAAUUUUGGCAAUUCCCUCGGCUAAAGCGCCUGGCCAGGACCGAUAUCCUAUUGAGUUUUAUAAACGUACCCUUAUUUUCUUAAUAUUUUCAAAUGUAGUUUUGCACGUAUAUUGCUCCAAUAACCUUCUGCAUACUAUGAACACCGCCUUAAUCACUCUCCUACUCAAAUAAGAAAGACAACAGACUGUAGUAGCUAUCAUCCAAUUUCUUUGAUUAACAUGGAUUUUUUAAUAAUUUGCAAAGCGAUAGCCAACAGAUUAGAAACGGUUCUUCACAAAAUAAUACAUUCUGAUCAAACAGGUUUUAUGAAAGGCCAACACUCUUCAGACUACACCAGGCGCCUCUUUGACAUCAUGCAUCUCGCUUCCCAAACCAAUAUUCCUACCGCAGUAGUGACGUUGGAUGCAGAGAAGGCAUUUGACAGAGUCAAUCUGACCUUCCUGAACUUGGCAAUCAAGAAAUUUGGUUUAAGUGCAAUAACAGUGCCUUAGGAAAGUAUUCAGACCCCUUGACCUUUCCCACAUUUUGUUAAGUUACAGCCUUAUUCUAAAAUUGAUAAAAAAAUAAAAAAAUCCUCAGCAAUCUACACACAAUACCCCAUAAUGACAAAGUGAAAACAGGUUUUUAGAAAAUCUUGCAAAUGUAUACAAAAUAAAAAACAGAAACCUUAUUUACAUAAGUAUUCAGACCCUUUGCUACGAGACUCGAAAUUGAGCUCAGGUGCAUCCUGUUUCCAUUGAUCAUAAUUUCUACAACUUGAUUGGAUUCCUCCUGUGGUAAAUUAAAUUGAUUGGACAUGAUUUGGAAAGGCACACAGCUGUCUAUAUAAGGUCCCACAGUUGACAGUGCAUGUCAGAGCAAAAACCAAGCCAUGAGGUCGAAGGAAUUGUCCCUAGAGCUCCGAGACAAGAUUGUGUCGAGGCACAGAUCUGGGGAAAGGUACCAAAACAUUUCUGCAGCAUUGAAGGUCCCCAAGAACACAGUGGCCUCCAUCAUUCUUAAAUGGAAGAAGUUUGGAACCACCAAGACUCUUCCUAGAGCUGGCUGCCCGGCCAAACUGAGUAAUUGGGGGAGAAGGGCCUUGGUCAGGGAGGUGACCAAGAACCUGAUGGUCACUCUGACAGAGCUCCAGAGUUCCUCUGUGGAGUUGGGAGAACCUUCCAGAAGGACAACCAUCUCUGCAGCUCUCCACCAAUCAGGCCUUUAUGGUGGAGAGGCCAGACGGAAGCCACUCCUCAGUAAAAGGCACAUGACAGCCCGCUUGGAGUUUGCCAAAAGGCACCUAAAGACUCUCAGACCAUGAGAAACAAGAUUCUCUGGUCUGAUGAAACCAAGAUUGAAGUCUUUGGCCUGAAUGCCAAGCGUCACGUCUGGAGGAAACCUGGCACCAUCCCUAUGGUGAAGCAUGGUGGUGGCAGCAUCAUGCUGUGGGGAUAUUUUGCAGCAGCAGGGACUGGGAGACUGGUCAGGAUCGAGUCAAAGAUGAACGGAGCAAAGUACAGAGAGAUCCUUGAUGAAGGACCUCAGACUGGGGCGAAGGUUCACCUUCCAAUAGGACAACGACCCUAAGCACACAGCCAAGACAACGCAGGAGUGGCUUUGGGACAAGUCUCUGAAUGUCCUUGAGUGGCCCAGCCAGUGUCCGGACUUGAACCCAAUCGAACACCUCUGGAGAGACCUGAUAAUAGCUGUGCAGUGACGCUCCCAAUCCAACCUGACAGAGCUUGAGAGGAUCUGCAGAGAGGAAUGGGAGAAACUCCCCAAGUAAAGGUGUGCCAAGCUUGUAGCGUCAUACCCAAGAAGACUUGAGGCUAUAAUCGCUGCCAAAGGUGCUUCAACAAAGUACUGAGUAAGGGGUCUGAAUACUUAUGUGAAAGUGAUAUUUCAGUUUUUUAAACUUCUCUAUAGCUCACCAAAAGCCUCCAUAACUACCAAUAAUAUAAUCUCAAAUUACUAAAACAGACCAGACAAAGCUGUCCAAUGUCUCCACUUUUGUUUAAAACAUUUAUUGAACCCUUCGCCGCUGCUGUUCGCCAAAAUAGCUCAAUCAUAGGCGUCCAAUCCCCAAACAUAUCUCACAAAAUAAGUCUCUACGCUGAAGAUAUUCUGAAGUUCGUACAAGAACCCGGUCGAUCAUUAGAACACUUGCUCUCAAUAAUCAACACAUUCUGUAGUAUCUCAGGAUAUCAAUCAAUUUUAUUGGGACUCUUUAGCCAAAGAUUUCUCCUUCAGAUGGUUAUCUCAAGGCAUUGAAUAUCUCUGAGUACAAGUACCACACAGGCUAGAUAAAUUGUUUGAAUAUAAUUUCCCUCAACUAUUGAAAUCGGUGAAAGAAGAUCUCGAGAGAUGGAACUCUCUUCCUCUGUCUCUUACCGGUCGUAUCAAUACAAUUAACAUUUAUAUUUUGCCGAAAAUAAACUCCCUCUCAAUGAUCACCCCCCCCGCCCACAGAAAUGGUUUGAUACCCUUAACCAUUCUAUCUCAAGAUUUUAUUGGAGACAGAAAAGGCCAGAAUUAAACUAUAUUAUUACUACAUUACAAUACGGUAAGCCCAAAGGCAGACUAGGAGCACCAGACUUACAAAAAUAUUAUUUGGCCUUCCAAAUUAAUAACAUAGCCAAGUGGCUCACUUAUCCAAGUGUAAACUCAACUUCCUGGAUUGAUAUAGAAGACUCCUGCGUAAAACCACUUAAGAUUCAAGAUCUGCCCUAUAUUUUUCAAUCUGUUAAAAAACUGCCCUUUUCCAAUCCCUUCACAUUAAAUACACUGGAAGAAUGGACAAAAGCCUAAAAAGUUACUAACACAAAACUGGCUCCUUCAUUGAACUCUCCUAUUUGUUCGAAUCCCGAUUUUCUAAUUGCGGGGAAACCGUUCGAGUUUACUCUAUGGAAGAAGAAAGGGAUUAUGUACAUCUACCAGUUACUUUAAUUUAAGUACUGAACAAAAAUAUAAACGCAACAUGUAAAGUGUUGAUACCAUGUUUCAUGAGCUAAAAUAAAAGAUCCCAGAAAUGUUCCAUACGCACAAAAAGCUUAUUUAUCUCAUUGUGUGCACAAAUUUGUUUACAUCCCUGUUAGUGAGCAUUUCUCCUUUGCCAAGAUAAUCCAUCCACCUGACAGGUGUGGCAUAUCAAGAAGCUGAUUAAAUAGCAUGAUCAUUAGGGCCUCCCGAGUGGCGCAGCGGUCUAAGGCACUGCAUUGCAUUACUUGAGGUGUCACUGCAGCCCCGGUUCGAUCCCAGGCUGUGUCACAGCUAGCCGUGACCGGGAGACCCAUGAGGUGGCGCACAAUUGGCCCAGCGUCGUCCAGGUUAGGGCAGGGUUUGGCCGGCCGGGAUUUCCUUGUCCCAUCGCGCUCUAGCGACUCCUUGUGGCGGGCCGGGUGCCUGCAAGCUGACAUCAGUCGCCAGCUGGACGGUGUUUCCUGCGGCUGGCUUCCGGGUUAAGCGAGCAGUGUGUCAAGAAGCAGUGCGGCUUGGCAGGGUCGUGUUUCGGAGGACGCAUGGCUUUCAACCUUCGCAGCGAUGGGACAAGACUGUAACUACUAAUUGGAUAUCACGGAAUUGGGGAGAAAAAGGGGUAAAUGUACACCCCAAAAAAUACAACAGGUGCACUUUGUGCUGGGGACAAUAAAAAAACUCUAAAAUUUGCAGUUUUGUCACAACACAAUGCCACAGAUGUCUCAAGUUUUGAGGGAGCGCACAAUUAGCAUGCUGACUGCAGAAAUGUCCACCAGAGCUGUUGCCAGAGGAUUCUUGUUUUAGAGAAUUCUGCAGUAUGUCCAACUGGCCUCACAACCGCAGACCAUGUAACCAUGCCAGCCCAGGACCUCCACAUUCGGCUUCUUCACCUGCGGGAUCGUCUGAGACCAGCCACCCGGUCAGCUGAUGAAACUGAGGACUAUUUUUGUCUCUAAUAAAGCCCUUUUGUGGGGAAAACUCAUUCUGAUUGGCUGGGCCUGGCCCCCCCAUGGCUGCGCCCCUGCCCAGUCAUGUGAAAUCUAUCGAUUAGGGCCUAAUGAAUUUAUUUCAAUUGACUGAUUUCCUUAUUUGAACCAUAACUCAGUAAAAUCGUUGACGUUGUUGCAUGUUGCGUUUAUAUUUUUGUUCAGUAUAGUUACAGAAAAGGUUUCAUUUGAAUAGCUCCUCAAGUGUUCAAUACCUACAGAUUGAACAGCUACUUAAAUCUAAAUUGCAAUUCAACCCAAAGCAACAACAUAUCUCAGAGCUAAGCCAAUUGCUCUUAGACAACCGGAGUUCAAGAAAUACUUCCAAAAUGUAUAAAACACUGACAGAAGUAGGUGAUACUCUAUCCUCCCUAGAGAAAUGGACCAGCGAUUUGGACAUCUCCCUUAACAGGGAAACCCAGAAGAAAGUAUUUACCAGCGCCCACAGCAUCUCAUGUAAUAAGAAAAUAAAUCUUAUCCAGUACUAAAUCCUACAUAAAUUCCACAAUACCUAUGGAACUCUGUGGCUGAUGGGGCUUGUUGAAUCGCUUCUGUGUCCAUUCUACCAAAAAGACAUUCCCGACACUCAUCUCCAUGCAUUCUGGCUUUGUCCCAUCAUUGAGAAUUACUGGAAAAAAGUUCUGAGCAUUAUCUGUCAUCCUCCAUAUUACUUUUCUUUCAUCCCCAUCACUCUGUAUACUACACUAUUUUGAUGAUGACGACCCCUGUGUUUCUUCUAAGGACAAAAAAACUUUCCUAUUGAUUUCAUUAACGAUCUGAAGAAAAGUGAUACUGUUGAACUGGAAAAGCAGAUCCAAUGUUUCAACCAUAUACUGGCUUAGUUAAAAUAAAAAUAGGGUUAGUUGCAUUUUUACAUCUGUUAAAUUUGCUAUCAUAUUCAUGUUCACAAUUUUUCAUUUCUCAACCCUGUUGAAUUUGUUCUGCAAUUCUGACAGUCACUUUCGGCCUCUUUCCAAGAAGUAGAAACUCAGUGAGCCCUUUUAGUUUGUUUCUUGUGUUUGUUCUACUUGGUGCAGCCUUGACCAGGUCAAGUUAAAGAUCCAGUGGCUAGGAAUGUUUGUUACCUCCAGUAUGAUCUAAAGAAUGUGUGUUAAGUGUUCUGCUGUCUCUAGGCAACGUGACGGCACUGUGUUGGGACCCGGCCCAGAGAGUGUUGUUCUCUGGCAGCUCAGAUCACUCCAUCAUCAUGUGGGACAUCGGGGGACGCAAAGGCACCGCCAUAGAACUGCAGGGACACAAGUAAGACUCACACACUGAAUGUCAACAUAGUCGUCCAAUAUAGUCUUCAGAUGUAAUCCCAAUGUAGUAUUAAAACCCCAAUGUAUUUAUCUGUAUGAUACAGUCUUAGAAACUGUUGAAAUGUCCCUAGUAGUGUCCUUAGGGAUGUUUCUGUUAAGUAAUUAUCCAUAACUUUAGGCUUGUACAUGCAGUUGGAGAAGGUGUCUGAGUCAACUAAAUGGAACACAGAGAGCAUGUGUGGAUAGAAUGUAUGAAAGGUAAUCAUCAAAUCAAGCUUUAUAUACUGCAUCCUCGUGUGUGUGUGUGUGUGUGUGUGUGUGUGUGUGUGUGUGUGUGUUUUAACCAUGCAGUGAUAAGAUCCAGGGCCUGUGCUAUGCGCCACACACACGUCAGCUGAUCUCCUGCAGCUCAGAUGGAGGCAUCGUCAUCUGGAACAUGGACGUGACCAGACAGGAGGUGAGGGAGGGAUGGACUGAAAGGUGGAGGGAUGGAGCAGAAGGAGGGAGGAAGAGAAACCUCAAGGCAGUGAGACGGAUGGAGGGGUUGUGUGUGUGAGAGAGACCUGAAACAGACCGAGUGGAUUUAAACCAUAGCCAUAGAUGCACAGACAGAGAGAAUGACAAACUGAAUGAAAAUUUGAAUUUAUAUGUACUGAAUGCAAAUGAGGUGUUCAGUGCCAACAUGGCUGAUAGUUUGCUGAAUGUGUGUAGACUACCUAUGGCUUCGUCUGGCUCUAAAUGUCGCUCACUUAGGUUAUACCUAAGCACUGAUUCUGGGUCAGUUUCCUUUAUUAACUCCUAAUGGUUAAAGGUAGGAUUGAGAAAGGGAAAGCUGCUUCUAGAGAAGUACUGUAUUUAGGGUCUGUUUUCAACCUGUCUAUCUGUGUGUUCCCUCAGACCCCAGAGUGGCUGGACAGUGACUCGUGUCAGAAGUGUGAGCAACCAUUCUUCUGGAACUUCAAACAGAUGUGGGACAGUAAGAAGAUUGGCCUGCGCCAGGUACAGUGGGCUCCAUACUGUCACUAUCACUCUGGGAUGUAGUUCACCUAUUGUCCACAAGAGGGCAGGAUAAGUCCUUAGUUAAUGUUAUUCCUAUAGCAGGGUGAAAUGCAGAAAAAACUGCCUGUUUGUGAGACUACGUGAGUGAGAUAUAUGCACAUUGUCCUUAUCUGCCAGCCGAGUAGGCCCAACCCAAGCCUCAGUAUCUCCUCUCCCCCAGCACCACUGCAGGAAGUGUGGGAAGGCUGUGUGUGGAAAGUGCUCUGCCAAGCGCUCCACCAUCCCUCUCAUGGGCUUCGAGUUCGAGGUGCGGGUGUGUGACAGCUGCCAUGAGUCCAUCACAGACGAGGAGUGAGUAACACACACACACACACACGACUGUGCACAAAAAGCAUUGGUGGUGUGAAGUACUUAAGUAAAAAUACACUACAUGGCCAAAAGUAUGUGGACACCUGUUCGUCGAACAUCUCAUUCCAAAAUCCUGGGCAUUAAUAUGGAGUUGGUUCCCCUUUUGCUGCUAUAACAGUCUCCACUCUUCUGGGAAGGCUUUCAACUAGAUGUUGGAACAUUGCUGUGGGGACUUGCAUCCAUUCAGCCACAAGAGCAUUAGUGAGGUCGGGCACUGAUGUUGGGCGAUUAGGCCUGGCUCGCAGUCGGGGUUCCAAUUCAUCCCAAAGGUGUUCGAUGGGGUUGAGGUCAGGGCUCUGUACAGGCCAGUCAAGUUCUAACACACCGCUCUCAACAAACGAUUUCUUUAUGGACCUCGCUUUGUGCACGGGGGCAUUGUCAUGCUGAAACAGGAAAGGGCCUUCCCCAAACUGUUGCCACAAAGUUGGAAGCACAGAAUCAUCUAGAAUGUCAUUGUAUGCUGUAGCGUUAAGAUUUUACUUCACUGGAACUAAGGGGCCUAGCCCGAACCAUGAAAAACAGCCCCAGACCAUUAUUCCUCCUCCACCAAACUGUACAGUUGGCACUAUGCAUUGGGACAGGUAGCGUUCUCCUGGCAUCCGCCAAACCCAGAUUUGUCCGUCGGACUGCCAGAUAGUUAAGCGUGAUUCAUCACUCCAGAGAACGCGUUUCCAGGCUUCUUAGGCUUACAGUGGGGGAAAAAAGUAUUUAGUCAGCCACCAAUUGUGCAAGUUCUCCCACUUAAAAAGAUAAGAAAGGCCUGUAAUUUUCAUCAUAGGUACACGUCAACUAUGACAGACAAAAUGAGAAUUUACUUCUCCAGAAAAUCACAUUGUAGGAUUUUUAAUGAAUUUAUUUGCAAAUUAUGGUGGAAAAUAAGUAUUUGGUCAAUAACAAAAGUUUCUCAAUACUUUCUUAUAUACCCUUUGUUGGCAAUGACACAGGUCAAACGUUUUCUGUAAGUCUUCACAAGGUUUUCACACACUGUUGCUGGUAUUUUGGCCCAUUCCUCCAUGCAGAUCUCCUCUAGAGCAGUGAUGUUUUGGGGCUGUCGCUGGGCAACACAGACUUUCAACUCCCUCCAAAGAUUUUCUAUGGGGUUGAGAUCUGGAGACUGGCUAGGCCACUCCAGGACCUUGAAAUGCUUCUUACGAAGCCACUCCUUCGUUGCCCGGGCGGUGUGUUUGGGAUCAUUGUCAUGCUGAAAGACCCAGCCACGUUUCAUCUUCAAUGCCCUUGCUGAUGGAAGGAGGUUUUCACUCAAAAUCUCACGAUACAUGGCCCCAUUCAUUCAUUCCUUUACACGGAUCAGUCGUCCUGGUCCCUUUGCAGAAAAACAGCCCCAAAGCAUGAUGUUUCCACCCCCAUGCUUCACAGUAGGUUCUUUGGAUGCAACUCAGCAUUCUUUGUCCUCCAAACACGACGAGUUGAGUUUUUACCAAAAAGUUCUAUUUUGGUUUCAUCUGACCAUAUGACAUUCUCCCAAUCCUCUUCUGGAUCAUCCAAAUGCACUCUAGCAAACUUCAGACGGGCCUGGACAUGUACUGGCUUAAGCAGGGGGACACGUCUGGUACUGCAGGAUUUGAGUCCCUGGCGGCAUAGUGUGUUACUGAUGGUAGGCUUUGUUACUUUGGUCCCAGCUCUCUGCAGGUCAUUCACUAGGUCCCCCCGUGUGGUUCUGGGAUUUUUGCUCACCGUUCUUGUGAUCAUUUUGACCCCACGGGGUGAGAUCUUGCGUGGAGCCCCAGAUCGAGGGAGAUUAUCAGUGGUCUUGUAUGUCUUCCAUUUCCUAAUAAUUGCUCCCACAGUUGAUUUCUUCAAACCAAGCUGCUUACCUAUUGCAGAUUCAGUCUUCCCAGCCUGGUGCAGGUCUACAAUUUUGUUUCUGGUGUCCUUUGACAGCUCUUUGGUCUUGGCCAUAGUGGAGUUUGGAGUGUGACUGUUUGAGGUUGUGGACAGGUGUCUUUUAUACUGAUAACAAGUUCAAACAGGUGCCAUUAAUACAGGUAAUAAGUGGAGGACAGAGGAGCCUCUUAAAGAAGAAGUUACAGGUCUGUGAGAGCCAGAAAUCUUGCUUGUUUGUAGGUGACUAAAUACUUAUUUUCCACCAUAAUUUGCAAAUAAAUUCAUUAAAAAUCCUACAAUGUGAUUUUCUGGAUUUUUUUUCCUCAAUUUGUCUGUCAUAGUUGACGUGUACCUAUGAUGAAAAUUACAGGCCUCUCAUCUUUUUAAGUGGGAGAACUUGCACAAUUGGUGGCUGACUAAAUACUUUUUUCCCCCACUGUAUGUACGGCUGUUCGGCCAUUGAAACCCAUUUCAUGAAGCUCCUGACGAACAGUUCUUGUGCUGACGUUGCUUCCAGAGGCAUUUUGGAAAUCGGUAGGGAGUGUUGCAACCGAAGACAGACGAUUUUUACGCGCUUCAGCACUCAGCGUUCCCGUUCUGUGAGCUUGUGUGGCCUACCACUUCGCGGCUGAGCCGUUGUUGCUCUUAGACGUUUCCACUGCACAAUAACAGCACUUACAGUUGACCGGGGCAGCUCUAGCAGGGCAGACAUUUUACGAACUGACUUGUUAGGAAGGUGGCAUCCUGCCUCCUGAGUGGCGCAGCAGUCUAAGGCACUGCAUCGCAGUGCUUGAGGCGUCACUAUAGACCCGGGUUCGAUCCCGGGCUGUUUCGCAGCCGGCCGCGACCGGGAGACCCAUGAGGCGGCGCACAAUUGGCCCAGCGUCAUCCGGGUUAGGGGAGGGUUUGGCCGACCGGGAUGUCCUCCUUGUCCCAUCGCGCUCUAGCGACUUGUGGCGGGCCGGGCACAUGCACGCUGACUUCGGUCGCCAGUUGUACGGUGUUUCCUUCGACACAUUGGUGCGGCUGGCUUCCGGGUUAAGCGAGCAGUGUGUCAUGAAGCAGUGCGGCUUGGCAGGGUCGUGUUUCGGAGGAUGCAUGGCUCUCAACAAGACUAACUACCAAUUGGAUAUCACAAAAUUGGGGAGAAAAAGGGGUAAAAAAUUAAAAUACAAUACAAAAAUAAUAAUAAUAAAGGUGGCAUCCUAUGAUGGUGCCACGUUGAAAGUCUCUGAGCUCUUCAGUAAGGCCAUUCUACUGCCAGUGUUUGUCUAUGGAGAUUGAUUGCUGGUGUACUUGAUUUUAUACACCUGUCAGCAAUGGAUGUGGCUGAAAUAGCCGAAUCCACUCAUUUGAAGGGGUGGCCACAUACUUUUGUAUAUAUAGUGUACUUUAAAGUACUAUUUAAUUCGUGUUUUGGGGUAUCUGUACUUUACUAUUAAAAUCUUUGACAACUUAAACUUUUUCUCCACUACAUUCCUAAAGAAAAUAAUGUAUACUAAACCAAAAUAUAAAUGCAACAUGCAACAAUUUGAAAGAUUUUACUGAGUUACAGUUCAUAUAAGGAAAUCAGGUAAUUUAAAUAAAUAAAUUAGGCCCUAAUCUAUGGAUUUCACAUGACUGGGCAGGGGAGCUGUCUUGGGUGGGCCUGGGAGGGCAUAGGCCCAGCCAAUCAUAAUGAGUUUUUCCCCACAAAAGGGCUUUAUUAAAGACAGAAAUACUCCUCAACACAACGUGCACCUGUACUUUGAGCCAGGAGAGAUUUGAUAUGUAUUUUGUUGAUAUUAGCCCUCUAUGCACAUUUAAGGGCCAGAGGUGUUGCUCUGUUCUGGGCCAACUGUAAUUUUCCUAUGUUCUUCUUUGCAGCACUAUACCAUAUAACUGGGCACUAGUCCAGGUAUGAUAAAAUUAGGGCUUGUAGGAUAUUUGGUCGAUUGUGAUCACGGACAGACCUCUCCCCAUCUUAGCUACAGUACAGUUCCAUCUAUGUUUUGACCAUGUCAUCUUAGAAUCUAGGGUUACACCAAGCAGUUUAGUCUCCUCAACUUGCUCAAUCACCACAUUAUUUAUUAUUAAAUUUAGAUGAGGUUUAGGGUUGUCCCCAACACAAUGCUUUUAGUUUAACAUUUGAUUUAGGACUAGCCAUCCACUCUAAUACUGACUGCAGCUCUUUGAAUGGUUGCAGUGAUUUCACAUGCUUUGGUAGCUGAAGUAUAAUGUUGAGUCAUUGGUGUACAUACACACAGGCUUCAUUCAAUGCUAGUGGUAGGUCAUUAGUAAAAAUAGAGACCAGUAGGGGUCCAUGACAGCUGCCUUGAGGAAUACCACACUCUACCCGGUUUACAUUAGAGGUUUCCAUUAAAGAAAACCCUCUGUGUUAUAUUUAGAUAGGGAGCAGAGUACAGUGCAUUCGGAAAGUAUUCAGACCCCUUGACUUUACAGUCUUACUCUAAAAUAGAUUAAAUCAUUUUUUUCCCUCAUCAAUCUACACACAAGGCCCCAUAAUGACAAAGCAAAACCAGGUUUUUAGAAAUGUUUGCAUUUUUUUUUUCACUGAUAUCACAUUUACAUAAUUAUUCAGACCCUUUACUCAGUACUUUGUUGAAGCACCUUUGGCAGCGAUUACAGCCUCGUCUUAUUGGGUAUGACGCUACAAGCUUGGCGCACCUGUAUUUGGGGAGUUUCUCCCAUUCUACUCUGCAGAUCCUCUAAAGCUCUGUCAGGUUGGAUGGGGAGCGUCGCUGCACAGCUAUUCUCAGGUCUCUCCAGAGAUGUUAGAUCGGGUUCAUGUCCGGGCUCUGGUUGGGCCACUCAAGGAAAUUCAGAGACUUGUCCUGAAGCCACUCCUGCGUUGUCUUGGCUGUGUGCUUAGGGUCGUUGUCCUGUUGGAAGGUGAACCUUCGCCCCAGUCUGAGGUCCUGAGCGCUCUGGAGCAGAUUUUCAUCAAGGAUCUCUCUGUACUUUGCUCCGUUCAUCUUUCCCUCGAUCCUGACUAGUCUCCCAGUCCCUGCCGCUGAAAAACAUCCCCACAGCAUGAUGCUGCCACCACCAUGCUUCACCGUAGGGAUGGUGCCAGGUUUUCUCCAGAUGUGACACUUGGCAUUCAAGCCAAAGAGUUCAAUCUUGGUUUCAUCAGACUAGAGAAUCUUGUUUCUCAUGGUCUGAGAGUCCUUUAGGUGCCUUUUGGCAAACUCCAAGCGGGCUGUCAUGUGCCUUUUACUGAGGAGUGGCUUCCGUCUGGCCACUCUACCAUAUUGGUGGAGUGCUGCAGAGAUGGUUGUCCUUCUGGAAGGUUCUCCCAUCUCCACAGAGCAACUCUGGAGCUCUGUCAGAGUGACCCUCAGGUUCUUGGUCACCUCCCUGACCAAGGCUCUUCUCCCCCGAUUGCUCAGUUUGGCCUGGCGGCCAGCUCUAGGAAGAGUCUUGGUGGUUCCAAACUUCUUCCAUUUAAGAAUUAUGGAGGCCACUGUGUUCUUGGGGACCUUCAAUGCUGCAGACAUUUUUUGGUACCCUUCCCCAGAUCUGUGCCUCGACACAAUCCUGUCUCGGAGCUCUAUGGACAAUUCCUUUGACUUCAUGGCUUGGUUUUUGCUCUGACAUGCGCUGUCAACUGUGGGACCUUAUAUAGAUAGGUGUGUGCCUUUCCAAAUAAUGUCCAAUCAAUUGAAUUUACCACAGGUGGACUCCAAUCAAGUUGUAGAAACAUCUCAAGGAUGAUGAAUGGAAACAGGAUGCACCUGAGCUGAAUUUCGAGUCUCAUAGCAAAGGGUGUUUUUUAUCUUUAAUCAAUUUGCAAAAAUGUGUCAUUAUGGGGUAUUGUGUGUAGAUUGAGGAAAAUGUUUUAUUUAAUCUAUUUUAGAAUAAGGCCAUAAGACAUAUGUUUUUUUUCAGCAACAGAUUAUGAUUGAUAAUGUCAAAAGCUGAACCGAAGUCUAAAAAGACAGCUCCCACAAGCUUCUUAUCAAUUUCUUUCAUCCAAUCAUCAUUUGUGUCAGUGCCGUACAUGUUAAAUGCCCUUCCCUAUAAAGCAUGCUGUUGUUAAUCAGUUUACAGUUAAAUAAAAUUGUGUCUGGUCAAACACCAUUUUUUCCAAAUGUUUAGGUUGAUUGGUCGGCUGUUUGAACCGGUAAAGGGUGCUUUGCUAUUCUUGGGUAGCUGAAUGACUUUUGCUUCUCUCCAGGUCUGAGACCACACAGCAAUAAUGUUUCACCUCUUCCAAACUCACUUUACAGAAUUCAAAAUUACAAUGCUUGUCUUUCAUUAUUAAGUCAGUUAUGCAUGAAUAUGAAGACUCUGAGUUUGUUGUUGGCAUGUCAUGCCUAAGGUUGCUAAUUUUGGCAAUAAUAAAGUUAUUCAAGUAGUUGGCAAUAUCAGAGGGUUUUGUGAUGAAUGAGCCAUCUGAUUCAAUGAAGGAUGGAGCAGAGUUCACCUUUUUGCCUAGAAUGUCAUUAAGGUUCACUACCGUUCAAAAGUUUGGGGUCACUUAGAAAUGUCCUUGUUUUCGAAAGAAAAGCAAACACCAGUCUCAACGUCAACAGUGAAGAGGCGACUCUGGGAUGCUGACCUUCUAGGCAGAGUUGCAAAGAAAAAGCCAUAUCUCAGACUGGCCAAUAAAAAGAAAAGAUUAAGAUGGGCAGUCUGAGAUAUGGCUUUUUCUUUGCAACUCUGCCUAGAAGGUCAGCAUCCCGGAGUCGCCUCUUCACUGUUGGCGUUGAGACUGGUGUUUUGCGGGUACUAUUUAAUUAAGCUGCCAGUUGAGGACCUGUGAGGCGCCUGUUUCUCAAACUAGACACUCUAAUGAAUUUGUCCUCUUGCUCAGUUGUGCACUGGGGCCUCCCACUCCUCUUUCUAUUCUGGUUAGAGCCAGUUUGUGCUGUUCUGUGAAGUGAGUAGUACAUAGCGUUGUACGAGAUCUUCAGUUUCUUGGCAAUUUCUCGCAUGGAAUAGCCUUCAUUUCUCAGAGAAAGAAUAGACUGACGAGUUUCAGAAGAAAGUUAUUUGUUUCUGGCCAUUUUGAGCCUGUAAUCGAACCCACAAUUGCUGAUGCUCCAGAUACUCAACUAGUCUCAAGAAGGCCAGUUUUAUUGCUUCUUUAAUCAGCACAACAGUUUUCAGCUGUGCUAACAUAAUUGCAAAAGGGUUUUCUAAUGAUCAAUUAGCCUUUUAAAAUGAUAAACUUGGAUUAGCAAACACAAUGUGCCAUUGUAACACAGGACUGAUGGUUGCUGAUAAUGGGCCUCUGUACGCCUAUGUAGAUAUUCCAUAAAAAAUCAGCCGUUUCCAGCUACAAUAGCCAUUUACAACAUUAACAAUGUCUACACUGUAUUUCGGAUCAAUUUGAUGUUAUUUUAAUGGACAAAAAGUGCUUUUCUUUCAAAAACAAGGACAUUUCUAAGUGACCCCAAACUUUUGAACGGUAGUGUACUACAAAACUUUUUACCAUCAUCCUUUGUCAUUUAUCUUUGUUUCGUAGUACUAUUUCUUUUUCUUUUUGUUUAGUCACAUGACUUCUCAAUUUACUGUAUGUUUGCCAGUCAGCUGUGCAGCCAGACUUAAUUGCCAUUUUUUUUGUCUCGACUUAACCAUACAGUUUUUCAAUUCCUCAUCAAUCCAUGGGGAUUUAGCCAUUCUGACAGUCAGUUUCUCAAUGGGUGAAUGCUUAUCGAUAACUGGAAGAAGCAUUUCCAUAAAUGUUCAUAAAUGCUUCAAGUGCGGCAUCUGGUUGCUCCUCAUUAAACACAACAGACCAGCAGACAUUUUUUAGAUCUUCAACAUAGAAAUCACUAGAAAACCUUUUGUAUGAUCUCUUGUACACUAUUGUAGGCCCAGCCUUUGGAACUUUGGUUUUUCUAAAUAUGGCCACUAUAUUAUGAGCGCUACAUCUGAUGGAUGAGGAUACUGCUUUAGAGCAGAUUUCUGCAGCAUUAGUAAAGAUGUGAUCAAUACACGUGGAUGAUUUAGUACCUGUUCUGUUUGUAAAUACCCUGGUAGGUUGACUAAUAACCUGAACCAGAUUACAGGCACUGGUUACAGUUUGAAGCUUUUUCUUGAGUGGACAGGCUGAUGAGAACCAGUCAAUAUUUAGGUCACCCAGAAAAUAGACCUCUGUUGAUAUCAUAUACACUAUCAAGUAUUUCACACGUUAUCCAGAUACUGUUUGCACUUGGUGAUCUAUAGCAGCUUCCCACAAGAAUAGGCUUUAGGUGAGGCAGGUGAACUUGUAACAAUAUUACUUCAACAGCAUUUGACAUUAGAUCCUCUCCAAGCUUUACAGGAAUAUGACUGAAUAUAUACAGCAACACGUUCCCCAUUGGCAUUUCUGUCUCAUCUGUAGAUGUUAUAAUCAUGUAUUGAUUCCACUGUGUCAUCAAAUGAAUUAUCUAAGGGAGUUUCAGAGAUACCCAGUAUAUGAAUGUUAGGCCUCCCAGGAAAGCACAAAAAACUAUCAGAGGUAGACAUGUCAAUGAUAUUUACAUUUGAGCCAAUAGUACUGGGUGAGCUGCCCACAGUGGGCUUCCUACUUGGGCAGACAGUCUGUGCUAACAGUGUAAUUCAGGUUUAUAGGCACAAGAUUACUGAUAUCAACAAUGUCCUUUUUUAAAUCAAACUCUGCACGUUUAAGUGCAACAGCCCAGGCCUCUUACCUGAUUUGAAAACCAAGGGGAUAUCCAUAUUUAUGGAUUUCACAUUUGAACUAAUAGCUCUGGUUGAGCUUGUGCUUGCCACAGUGGGCUUCCCAUUUGAUCUAACGGUAAUGGAGCUAACAAUGGGAAUCAACUUUAUGGGUACAAGACUAUGACUGACAACACAUCUUGGAAUAUGAACAUCUGUAACAGUCUUGGGGUGGCGCUGUGAUAUAAUGGUAGGGAUUACCUGAGACAGCUUUUUUGCUCGAAGAGCGUCUGUGCUCCGUGGUAGUUGGGAUGUAUUCCAUCCUCACUGAAACAAUCCCUCAGCUUCCAGAACCGGUCAAAAUUGUCAAUAAACGCCACUUCCACUGAGGCACAGAACAUUUUCAGCCAAUGAUUCAUUUAGAGGAGUCUGCUGAAGCAGUUAGACCCAUGGGCUAUUGAGGGUAGUGGACCCGAGAUAACUAGCCUCUUACUUGCAUACUUUGCGGCUUCUAUCAGGUCCAUGAAGUCAUGUUCAGGCACUCGAAGUUUGAUGUCAUUCGAUCCCACAUGAAUCACCAGAGUCUGCCUCAGGUAGCUGCUUCUGGAUUGUGGGAAGCUUCACUAAAAUAUCAUGAAUUUUCGCUCCAGGUAAGCAAAAGGUUCUGGCAUCCUCAAUAGAACUGUUUGGGGGGGGGGGGAGUACUCACCGGGAAGGCCGCUGCAUCGGAGAGGGGGCUGUCACUGGGAGCGACGAGGGCCUUUAUUGGCUCGGCGGUCCGUUGAGGGGGGGUGCAUGAUGCGGCUAGGAGUACUGUUGCCUAUAGGGCCACUGCCUCAGAGAGGGGGGUUGUCGCGGGGAGCGACGAGGACCUCUGUUGGCUCGGUGGUCCGAUGUCACGGUAGUCCGGUGGAAUGGUGAUCCUCUGUUGGGGACAUCUUCUGGUCAUCUCAUUUUUUCCUAUACGUUUGGUGAUAAGUGUUUUCCCCCCUCUCCGUCUUACAGCCGGGCGCCCACUGCGACAUUCCAUGACAGCAAGCACAGCAUAGUUUACAUGCACUACGAGCCCACCACAGGCUGGCUGCUGACCUCUGGGGCCGACAAAGUCGUGAAGGUGAGACAGACGCUACCAGACACUAUGUAUCUGAUACAGGAGGAUACAUUUAUACAACGUAUUUUCUUGGGUGCGUAUAUGUGUAUGAAGGAGGCUGUGUUUUUUUAUACACCUUAUGUUUGUGUGUGUGUGUGUCAACAGCUCUGGGACAUGACUCCAGUGGUCUCCUGAGGGUCAUCGUUGACAGGGAGCAACAUGGAGCUCCAUCCACCUAUCAGGUGAGAGCUUACAGCCUGGUGGCCAUCAUCCUGAGAGGAAGAGGGAAUGUCCACAAGAACAACAACAACCUAAACAACCUACAACAGCUGAGCAACAUCCACAGAACCUAG